GCGUAGCCGUUCGUUAUGGUUUGUUUUAUUGGGUCGGCGUCAAAGUAGUAUGCGUUCUGAGUCCAAUGUAGAUCUUCUGUCAUAUAUUGCAAGGGCGUGCAAGUUAAUUUGAUGUUAUUUGAGCGUGUGUUGAAUUUAUGUAUGUCAUCUUACCCUUGUGUGGAGGACGUAAAGUAAGAAAUAUUUUGAUUACAUUGAAGGUACGCGUGCCUGCAAGCGGAUAGGAUACUUGAGUCUGGCAGUUUUGGGUCCAUAAUUACUACGGAGGUAUAGAUUGCGACUGUAUGCGGUAUUCUCCAGCUUCCCGUCACUUCUACUUCAACAACAACACAUAGGCCUAUUUAAUAUUUUCAGAAUUUGUGUCAAUGUUAUCGUCCUUGGUAGUGUAAAUUUUCCAUUACGGCAAAAUUAUACGCAGCUAUGACACCGAACUGUGGGAAACAAAUACAUUUUUAUGAACUCAGUCAAGAGUAAAAUUAAAUUUCUUUAUCUGUGCUACAUUAAAGAUUAUACCGAAUUUAGUUGUGGUGAAACUUUGAUAGUUAUAGCGUAAAAUCAACAUAGUUGGCUAUGGAGUAAAUAACUCUUGUUUAGAAGCAUUAUGACAGAGUUUCUACAGAAACGGAUUUGUGUUUGUGUGCUGUUUAUGGUGUGUUAUCAUAGUUUACUUUUGUGCACAAUGGAAGACAUGGACAUUAUUAUAUUGUUGUUACAAGGCCCAGCACCAGCGAUUGUUGCGUACAAGGACAAAUAUGUGGCAUGGCUAAUAAACGUUGUGGAUCAAAUAUGCACUGCAUAUCUCCCGAGAUGGUUCUGCUCCACUAAAGUAGUUUGGUUCCUGAUAGUGAUGUUCGUCAUCUUAUGUUUUUUCAAGUGCCAGUAUGGAUUUAGAUGCGAUCCUACCCGAUGUGGGUGAAUUCGGCUCCUACCAACAGCUGCUACUCUGGUUCGUCCUUCUGCCUGGAGUUUUACCCUGUGGAUUCCACGCGUACAAUCAGCUGUUUAUGGCGGCAAGGCCAGAGCACUGGUGCCAUGUUCCAGAACUGGACGUGCUGGCAAAUAUGAGCGUGGAACUUGCGAAGAAUAUGAGUAUUCCUCAUGAGAUGAGAGAUGGAACGCUGAGGUACAGUCAGUGCCAAAUGUUUGACCGCAACUAUUCAGCUCUGUUGGUGCAGGUAGAAACUGAGGAAGACCUGGAUCGUCUCGAACAGCAAGUAUCUGCCAGCAACCUCUCUCUUCCCACCACAGGCUGUUUGCAUGGGUGGAAUUUUGACUACACACAAUACGCCACUACUGUAGUGACAGAGUGGGAACUCGUCUGCGACAGCGACUUCUACACGACACUAGCGCUGAUACUACUCGGAAUUGGUGGUCUCAUAGGCAACUACAUUUUUGGGUACCUGCAGGAUAGCAUCGGCCGAAGACCGGCCUACUUCAUCUACCUGUUCAUCGAGUGCCUCUUCGGAGUAGCCACCGCAUUCGCACAGGACUUCGUCACUUGGAGCGUCUUCCGGUUCGGUGUUGGCUUCACGGUCCCUGCCAUCCUGGGGACACCGUUCGUGCUCGCAAUCGAGCUUGUGGGACCUUCCCGAAGAACAACAUGCACUGUUCUUACCAACAUAGCGUACUCAGUUGGACUGGUGGUGCUCUCUGGUGUUGUAUUUCUCGUCCGCGACUGGAGACAGCUCGCUCUGGCGACGUCAAUUCCUUUCCUCUCGUUCUUUCUUUACUGGUGGGUACUUCCCGAGUCACCCAGAUGGCUGCUGGCUCGCGGGAGAUUCGAAGAAGCUGAGAAAAUCUUGAAAAAGAUGGCGCGAGUUAACGGCAAAUCUCUCCCUGCCAACUAUAUGGUACAGCUCAAGCGCAAGUACCAGGUUGAACGCUACGUGAAGCAGAAGGAGAGGCGUCGUAAUUAUGGCGUCCUGGAUCUAUUCAAGACCCCGAACCUGCGCCGAAAAACUCUAAUCAUCACAUUUAUUUGGUUCACGAAUACCAGUGUGUACGUGGGGCUGUCCUACUACGCGCCAGUACUCGGUGGUGACGAGUUCCUCAACUUCUUCCUGGCAGGAGCAGUUGAACUGCCCACGUACUUUUUCCUGUGGCCCGCCAUGGACUGUUGGGGGCGGCGCUGGACUCUGUGCACAAGCAUGAUAAUAGGAGGCGCUGCUUGCCUUGCCACCUUCCUCGUGCAGAAAGACACUAACGUUACAUUGGUUCUGUACUGUGUUGGGAAGAUGGGAAUUUCUUCGUCCUUCGUGGUGCUACCGCUCAUGGCUUCAGAGCUGUAUCCGACAGUGGUUCGUGGUCUUGGAAUGAGUACGAGUUCAGUGGUCGGUAUGCUCGGACCCAUCUUCAUUCCAUUAGUCGUCUAUUUGGGCGAGGAGAUGUUGGUGCUGCCUCUGAUUGUAAUGGGGUUACUCUUGGUGGCUGGAGGUGCCUGCAGCCUGCUGUUACCUGAGACCCUGAAUCAGCACCUUCCACAGAGCCUGGAAGAUGGUGAGAAGUUUGGGAAAGAUUGGAGUUGGAGGAACUUAGCUGCCUGCUGUCCACCAAGGGUAGGGGACGUUGUGCCUGAGGGAAAACACACGUCCAUUGAAUCACCUUUACGGAGCCUUAUUCAACAUCACAUUACAGAAUCAAAACCCGUGACAAUAGUAGAAGGAAGAGCCCCGGAAACUCCUGAAACAACAACACCAACAACUGAAAUCAUAAUGGAAUCAGUUGCUGGCAACGCAGAGGAAACCAUGAGAAUAACCGUGGUUUGACAACACGUAUCAUGGCAUGGCGUCAUAGGACUGCAGGUUUAUAUAACCAUAUAAGCUGGCAGUUCAUAAUUUCUCGUAGAAGAACAAAAUAACGAAGUUGGACAACUUCUGUGAUAUUUGAGAAUGUAGAUUCAUUAUUAUUAUUAUUUUUAGAUCUAGAAUAUGGCCAGAAAAUGUACAUAUUUUAUGACUCUA